AUCAGCAGGUUAGGUUGAGGGGCGGGCACUUCCGGGUAGCAGUUAAAGGAGCCGCCGGAGCCAGGAUGAAUGUCGGGGUGGCUCACAGCGAGGUGAACCCCAACACGCGGAUAAUGAACAGCCGGGGCAUCUGGCUGGCCUACCUCAUCUUGGUGGGAUUUCUCCAUGUCGUCUUGUUGAGCAUUCCGGUCUUCAGCAUCCCCGUGGUGUGGACCCUCACUCACGUCAUCCACAACUCGACGAUGUACUGGUUCCUACACACAGUCAAGGGAACGCCCUUCGAAACCCCCGACCAGGGCAAAGCCCGGCUGCUCACACACUGGGAACAGAUGGAUUACGGGAUCCAGUUCACCUCCUCCCGCAAGUUCCUCACCAUCAGCCCCAUCAUCCUGUAUUUGCUGGCGAGUUUCUACACCAAAUAUGACCCUCGCCAUUUCCUGGUCAACACGAUCUCCCUGCUCACUGCCCUCAUCCCCAAACUCCCUCAGCUGCACGGGGUCCGAAUCUUUGGGAUCAACAAGUACUGACGGGAGCGAGCGGAAGCCCAGAGACUGCCCCUGUUCCCCCGCACCCCCCCCC